CUUCAAUCAAACAAUGGUGGAGAUGGUAAAGGCACAAGUUUUGAUUCUGGAGGUCAUGGGUUCAACUCAAACCUUGACAAUUGACAACCAUCAUUUUUUCCUUUGGUGGCCAUUGAUAGGCUAUGUGCGUCGUCGAAUAACUCCUAUAUUCAUUUGAGAUUUCCGGGAUCCGAUGGGUUGCUAAUCCCCACUCCGUUAGCACCCUGCUAACUCUAUAGUACGGCUGUGUUUUGUAUUUUUGCCUAAUGAAGGGAGUUAUGUCCUCAGGGGUAUUUUAGUGAAUUGGAUUAUUUUGCUGAUGUCAAGCCAUGAAAUCAACCAGAGACGGAUGCAGUUUUGUGGUGGGAUCCCAACAGUCAGAAGCUUAUUCUUUUUGGGUGAGUUUUUGGUCUUCCCUCUUUCUUCUAUAGCAGUCGGAGUUCUUCUCCUAGCGGAGCCGCUGAUUUCAAUCCUUCCCGUCGUUGAAGGCUCCGUCCCCAGCGGCCUUCAUUGGCACUGUCUCGCCUGCACUACCCUCCGCUCCUCCCACCUCGUUGCCGCCUUCCGCUCAUCCCGCCUUGUCGCCGCCCUCCAAUCCUCCCACCUCGUCCCCCUCCUUCGCUCCUCCGACCUCGUCGCAUCCGUAGUCGCCUUCGUCGGGUUCACUUUCAGCCGAUCUUGGCUUCGUUCCAGCCGCCGCCUCAAACAGUAGUAAAACUUUGUCAAUCGUCUUUCUUCUUCUCUUCCUGGCGAAAUUGCAUUUCCCGCCCCGGCUCUAUUUUUUUUAUUUUUUGAAUCAAGAUCUGCCUUUUAGGACGAUUGCGUGCAGGUUUAUAGAUCUUAACUCCGAUUUGGUUUCUGAUCGGAGAGAAGAGUCCAGUAGAUUCAGGUGGUAGUGUUUCGCAUGUGGUUAGUAGUGUUCUGUUGGUAGUGAUUUGCGGAGUGGGUCAAUGAUUUUAUGCUGUAGUGAUUCGUGUUCUGAUCAGUAAUGUUUUAUGUUGAUUUGUGUUCAUGUUCUGAUUAGUACAAACGAAGUUCACACGAAUCCAAUAACUGAGUACUGAGUGUUGGAAUUUAGGGUGGUAGUGAUUCAUGUUCUGAUAGUGAUUAGUACUCCUUUGUGUUGGUUUAGUAUUUGUCCCGUAUUAACGGGUCCGGAUAGUAUAACAACACCUUAAGAGUUGUUAUACUAACAACAGGAUUCAUUAAGAGUAUAAGAGUAAAAUACCAUUAAUUAUUAGAUAAUAAUAUAUUAAAUUAACAGAAAGAUAAUUACGGAUAAGAAGGAGCAUUCGAACUCGCCUUCGCUGCUGAGUCGCCAUCCUCGCCCAUCUCCGCCGUCGCACUCCUAACUUCUCGACCGCCAUCAUCACUCCGCCGCUUCCAGCCUUCGUCAGUCUCCACGUCCAAGCACCAGGCAGCUGCAUACUGAGAGCAACCUUCGCAUCCAUAACCGCCUAAAUUGAAUCUCGGCUCCGUUCAAAAUUUCAAUUCACAACAGCCGGCCGCAGCUCAGCUCUCUCUUCUCUGCACACACGGGAAGAGAAGGGGGGAAUCAACCGGAGUCGACGGAGGCGGAGAUUUUGAGUUUCGGACUUUCGAUUUUUUCGUGGGAAUUUGUUGAAGGCGGGGGGUUGUUGAGUUCUUCUGUGUGGGUGGGUGAGUGGUGAUGAAGACAGAGCCUCUGGUGGCCUGCAAUUUUGCUUCGCGGAGAGCAGAUAGGACGGCGGCGAUGAGGGAGUAGACAGGGAGGGAAUGGUUGGGAGCAGAUGUAAUUAUGGAAACGAGAAAGCAGGCAGCUUUCAUAUCUCCGUGGCCAGAGACGACCCUGUCCAGAACACUAUCUUUAACCCAUUUCAAUUUGACGGUUUGGCAUAAAUUGUUGUAAUUUCAUUAAACUGGAGAAGCUUGCCUCUGAAAUGGUCAAAAUGAGACGUGGGUGGGAAUGGGGUGGAAUCACAAUCAAAUCGUGGAGAUAUGGUAUGAUACUUUGUCUGGGGAGGAGAAUAUUUUUGCGAUAGGAGAGGACGAAGGAAGCGAAGGAAGGAGUAAGAAUGAAUUAUUGGCGAUGUUCCCUAGAGGAGGGGCUGGAUGGUGUGGGGGCAAUGCAAGUGGGAGGAGCUGGAAAUUUGGCAUAAAUUGUUGUAAUUUCAUUUGGGAUGAUCAUACAUGCUCAAUUUAUAUUUUCUCAACAUGGAAUAUCUUAAAGCGGGUUUUGAAAAGUUUUACAAUGAGUCGGUGCAAAGAUUCACACCAAAAACCUUCUAAUGCAUACCACAAAUUUCAUAAAACAAACAACAAACCUCACAAAGCAAACCACAAAAGUUUCGAAAGCACACCAGAAACUUAUUAAUGCAAACUAAAAACCUUCUAAUUCAGACCACAAAUCCCCUAAAACAAACCAGAAACCCCACAAUGCAAACCACAACAUUUGCGAAAGCACACCAGAAACCUCAUAAUGCAAACCACAAACACAGUAAAUCAAACCACAAAAAGCAA